AAGCGCGCGGCUCGGGUAAAGGGGGAGCACAACACAGAGCGCACGGCGCCCCGACUCCUAUUCCAGCUCAGGCUCCCGCUCGGGCUUGCGCUCCCCAUCCCGCUCCGGCUCCGGCUCCGCUCCGGCUCAGCUUCGGCUCCAGCCCGGGCUCGGGCUCGCGCUCCGAUCCUGCUCCGACUUCGGUUCCAGCUCCGGCUCCGGCUCGGCUCCGGCUCCGGCUCCGGCUGCCACUCCGCGCCCGGCGGCCGAGCCGUCCCUGAUCCCUCCGGCGGCGGCGGGGAGGCGGAGUAGGGCCAGGAGAACUGUCAGGAGCAGAGCUAUGAUGUCGUCCUACAAGCGGGCCACGCUGGAUGAGGAAGACCUGGUGGACUCCCUCGGGGAGGGCGAGGUGUACCCCAAUGGCAUUCAGGUGAAUUUCCGAGGCUCCAGGAAUGGUCGGAGUUGCUGGGCCGAGAGAACUCACAUUGAGAAGCGCCUCUCGGUGGUGAUUGGCCUUUUGGUCCUGGGGCUGUUGGCAUCCCUGGCGGUCUUGGCCUUCCAAUACAAAACCAGACCCCCUGCUUUGUGCCUGACCGAAGCUUGCAUCUCAGUGACCAGCUCCAUCCUGAGCUCCUUGGACCAGACAGUGGACCCGUGCCAAGACUUCUUCAGCUAUGCCUGUGGGGGCUGGAUAAAGGCCAAUCCUGUGCCUGAUGGCCACUCACGAUGGGGAACCUUCAACAACCUCUGGGAACACAACCAAGCCAUCAUGAAGCAUCUCUUGGAGAAUGCCACCGCCAGCACCAACGAGGCCGAGCGCAAGGCCCAGCAGUAUUACCAGGCCUGUAUGAACGAGUCCAAGAUUGAGGAGCUGAAGGCAAGGCCCCUGAUAGAGCUCAUCGAGAAGCUUGGUGGCUGGAAUAUCACAGGACCCUGGAACAAGGACAACUUCCAAGAGACCCUGCAGGUGGUCACUGCUCACUACCGUACCUCCCCUUUCUUCUCUGUCUAUGUCAGUGCUGACUCAAAGAACUCCAACAGCAAUGUGAUUCAGGUGGACCAGUCUGGUUUAGGCUUACCUUCUAGAGAUUAUUAUCUGAAUAAGACAGAAAAUGAGAAGGUCCUGACAGGCUACCUGAACUACAUGGUGCAACUGGGCAAGCUCCUAGGAGGGGGAGAUGAGGAAUCCAUUCGUGAUCAGAUGCAACAGAUCUUGAACUUUGAGACAGCACUGGCCAACAUCACCAUCCCCCAGGAGAAGCGCCGAGACGAGGAGGUCAUUUACCACAAAGUGUCCGCCGGAGAUCUGCAGACUUUGGCACCUGCCAUCAACUGGAUGCCCUUCCUUACGACUGUGUUCUACCCUGUGGAGAUCAAUGAAUCAGAGCCUGUGGUAGUCUAUGCCAAAGAAUACUUGGAGCAAGUCUCCAACCUCAUCAACAACACAGACAAAUGCCUCCUCAACAACUACAUGAUCUGGAACCUGGUGAAAAAGACGAGUUCUUUCCUGGAUCAGCGCUUCCAGGAUGCCGAAGAGAAAUUCAUGGAAGUGAUGUAUGGGACCAAGAAGACGUGCCUUCCACGAUGGAAGUUUUGUGUGAGUGACACAGACAACAACCUGGGUUUUGCCCUGGGCGCCAUGUUUGUGAAAGCCACCUUUGCCGAGGACAGCAAGAACAUAGCCAGUGAAAUGAUCUUGGAGAUCAAGAGAGCGUUUGAAGAAAGCCUGACCACCUUGCAGUGGAUGGAUGAGGACACACGGAAAUCAGCCAAGGAAAAGGCAGAUGCAAUCUACAACAUGAUUGGUUACCCCAAUUUCAUCAUGGAUCCCAAGGAGUUGGACAAGGUCUUCAAUGACUACAAUGCCGUCCCCGAUCUUUACUUUGAGAAUGCCAUGCGGUUUUUCAACUUCUCAUCCAGAGUCACUGCAGACCAGCUCAGAAAAGCUCCCAACAGGGAUCAGUGGAGUAUGACACCUCCCACAGUGAACGCCUACUACUCGCCCACCAAGAACGAGAUUGUGUUUCCAGCUGGAAUCUUGCAGGCCCCAUUCUACACCCGCACAUCGCCCAAGUCACUGAAUUUUGGCGGAAUCGGGGUUGUUGUGGGCCAUGAGCUGACUCAUGCCUUUGACGAUCAAGGUCGGGAGUAUGACAAAGAUGGUAAUCUUCGGCCCUGGUGGAAGAACUCCUCUGUGGAGGCCUUCAAGCAGCAGACCGAGUGUAUGGUGGAGCAGUACAGCCACUAUACAGUCAACGGAGAGGCAGUGAAUGGCCGCCACACACUGGGAGAGAACAUCGCUGACAACGGAGGCCUCAAAGCAGCCUAUCGGGCCUAUCAGAACUGGGUGCAGAAGAAUGGAGAAGAGGAGACACUGCCAACCCUGGGCCUCACCAACAACCAGCUCUUCUUCCUUGGGUUCGCUCAGGUCUGGUGCUCAGUCCGUACCCCUGAGAGCUCCCAUGAAGGCCUCAUCACAGAUCCCCACAGCCCCUCUCGCUUCCGGGUCAUCGGCACCGUCUCGAAUUCCAAGGAGUUCUCAGAACACUUCCAGUGUGCCCCUGGCUCCCCUAUGAACCCCCAUCGAAAGUGUGAAGUCUGGUAGAGGUGAAUCCAGGUGGAAGAGGAGGAUGGGUAGUUAUGGGGAGGACAGGCAGGACAAAGACCCGGGGGGAGGGGAGGGAAUGAAAGAACUGGCCCCGGCUGUCCAGUAUUGAGGGCAUUGCCCUGUCCCUCCUCCCUGCCCAAACACCCUCCCUCUCCGCCUUCGAAAGAGCUCUCCGUGUGAAGGGAUCCCAAACCUUGGGCUUUUGGUGCCAACCAGAGAUUGGAUCCACUGUGAAAACCCCUGUAAUCGUAAAUCAUUUGUGAGUCAACUCUUGCAAUGGCCAUGACAGGUGUUUGUGUGUCUGUCCGGCUGCUUGGGGACAGGGGCAGGGAAUUGGCGUCAUUGUCUGUUCCUCAUCCCGCCUGGGCUGGGGAAUGGCAGUUAUACCCACAGAUACCACUGUGUUAAGUGCUUUUAAAAAAAGUCUCUAUUUUGGGGAAAUUCGUUUUGGAACAUUGUGGAAUACACUGGAAAUCUUCAGGGAAAAAUGCAUUUAAAACACUUUUUUUUUAAAGAAAGGAUUGGUAUAUUUAUUAUGUUUUUCUUAAUAACCUGUGGACGAGGGAAGCCCCACCGUGACUACCCUUCCCCAGCCCCCUCUCCUGGCUGCUGAGUUGAGGCAGGGGCUGGUAGGGCUGAGCUGAGAACAUGACUCCCAGAGGCCAAGCCUCCAGGGACUAGAGGGGCAUCCUAAGCCUUUGAGUAACCAUAAGACUUCCUUCUAGGGUCUCCUCAGGAGUCCCAUUAUCAGAGAGGAGGGUAGCAGAUCAGGAGGAGAGAUUCAAGAUGGCAGAAUCAGUGUUGGGCACUGUCCCACCUCCCCUUUCCUUGGCACCUAAAUCCUGAGGGCCCCCCGCCCAGUACUCAGCCAUGACAGCCCUCAGCCACUGAAGCAAGGGCUCCGAUUUCCCAGAAGGGGAUGGGAAUAGGGAAGAUAAUCCCUUCCACCUGUGUUCUACUUUUUAAAGGGAAUUUAGAGGAGGAGGAGGAGGAGGAGGAGCUGGGGAGUGGGAUUCCUUAGGUCCUCUGUAGCUUACCAACAGAAACCACAAACCCCUUACACCAGAAAAAAGGGAUGGCUUGUGGUUUCAGAGCCUGGGCCUCCUAAGGCUUCAGUGCCCUUGGUUGCCUUCCUCUGUCAUUUGACCGAUGUGUACCCAUUACUGCCUCCUGUCCUUGGUCCAACUCCCAGCAUCCACCAUGCUGGUCACCUCCAGGCCAAGCGCUGCUGGAGUUGGGUCCUGUUAGAGAAAGGAGGGGGUCAGAAAACCCCUUCUUGGCUGCUGUGUCUUAAGCUGAAGCAUCCUGGCAUCAUCCUCUUUGCGCUUGGCUGACCCCAGCUCUCCAUAGGGCCCGGGUGACCUCUUGGUCACUAUAGCGCUCCCUGCUCCUCUCUCUUCCCCACACCACUUUUUCCCCAAACUUUGCACUGUGGCCCCUGGGGUUUGUGGCUCCUGCCUCUAACUAAGGCUGGAUUGGUUCCCCACCCUCACCCCCUACCCACCAUGUCCUUAGUCCCAUCUCAGUUCUCUAGUGCCUUAUUUAGGGCUCUGCCCUAGGGAGAACCUCUUCUUUCCACAAA